AUGUCAUUUGAAAUGGGGCGGCUGAAGCUGAUUUGCGAGGAGAAGCUAUGCGAGUACAUCCACAUCGGCACGGCGGCGAACAUUUUGGCACUGGUCGAGCAACACUGCUGUGAGGGCCUAAAGAAGGCAUGCUUCGAUUUUUUCGCUGCUCCAGAAAAUUUGAAGGCCGUCGCAGUCACUCACAGCUUCCAGCAUCUGAGCGUGAGUUGCCCUUCUCUUAUGGUCGAGCUCGUGGCCAUGUUCCCCGUGCAUUAG